AUGAUCCUCCUUAUUGAUUCAUAUGAUUCGUUUACCAAUAAUCUUUCGCAAUUGAUUAUUGAUAAUACCGGCAAAGAAGUUAUUACAAUUCAUAAUGAUACAUUCAAACCAAAUGAAUAUGAAUACUUUAUGAACGUAUACAUACCAAUGUUUGAUUAUAUUGUUAUAGGACCAGGACCAGGACAUCCCUCGAAUAUUGAAGAUGUUGGUAUUGUUAGGUGGAUAUUACAUUAUUUUAGUGAAAGAGAAACAGAGGCUAUACCGAUAUUGGGAAUCUGUUUGGGAUUCCAAUGCCUAUGCUUCGAAUUCGGUAAUGAAGUUAAAAAGCUUCAAAAUGUUAGACAUGGUCAAAUAUAUGAUGUUCACCCUAUAGAUCACAAUAGUGGUAAUGAUUUAUAUCCAGGUAAACAUGAUAGAAGGAACAAACCAAUGGCUUCGUUUCCUAGUGUGCGUUAUCAUUCAUUGUACGUUGAUAUUAAUUCUCUCAGUGACGACAUAAUACCACUAGCCUAUUGUAAUGAAGAAGAUGAAGGUUAUUCCAGGAUAUUAAUGGCUGCUAAACAUAAAACUUUACCCUUUUAUGGUGUUCAGUAUCACCCUGAGUCUAUUUGUUCUUCAAAAGGUAAUGAGUUAAUUGUUGAUUUUAACCGAAUUGCCGAGAAGUAUAAUGAAGUUCUGAGACCAAACACUUCAAUAACCAGAGAAGGUGAUAAAGACAAGAGGCUUCUUAAUGAACUAAUAAAUAAACGUGCAUUACAUGAAAUACUGCUUAUAAAAAGUGGUAAACUUCUGAGUGGUGGAAAUGAACGUCCAAAUAUUUACUUCAGAAAAAUCGUCAUUCCUUCCCAAGAUAUUAUCACUCCUGUUGAUAUUUGUGAUCAUUUACAUAAGACAGACUCUAACUUUUUCCUUUUGAACUCCGCAUCAGUUCCUGGUGAGUGGUCAAUAAUUGGGAUCCCAAUAGAGGGACAAUCAGAAAUUAUAACCCAUUCAGUUGAUGCAAUUCAUGAAGUAACUAUACAAAAAUAUAAAUCUUCGUUUAAUGAAACUUUGCGUUUGAAACCAUCAGAAAAAGUAUGGAAUCUAAUUGGAGCUAGAAUGGAAAGUUCUUACAUACCUAGAAAUAUUAUCAAUGAGUCACUUAAAGAGAAGCCUUUUAAAGAAGUUCCAUUUUUUGGAGGGUAUGUGGGCCUUAUAUCUUAUGAAGAAGGCCAGCAUAUAGGAAUCGAAAAAUUAGAGCUGCUCUGUAAUUCACCAACUCCAGAUGUCAAAUUAAUAUUUAUCGAAAGAUUUAUGUUGUAUGAUCAUAUUAAUAAUGAAUGGUUUAUCGGUUCAAUCAACCAGAAAACAGAUGACAGCCAAUGGUGUGACCAAUUAUCUCAAGAACUCGAAAGUGUGCAUAAAAUGGGUAAAUUAAAAUUGGAUAUCAACAAAGUACCAGAAAGUGUCAAAAACUUAUGCAAGGACUUGGAUGAAUCUGAAAUUGACUUUGAUUUUCCAUCUCACGAAAUAUAUAAAAAGCAAUUCGAAUUAUGCCAAGAGUAUCUUCAUUCAGGUGAUUCGUACGAGUUGUGUCUUACUACACAGCUGAAAAUAACAUUGCCAUCAUAUAUUAAGCCAUGGGAUAUCUAUAAGGUAUUGACUUUACGCAAGAAUCCAUCUCCUUUUUCAUGUUUCUUACAGUUCGAAGAUAUUGUUCUUGUUUCGUCUUCGCCAGAAAGAUUUUUGUCAUGGAAAGAUGAUGAACAAAAGAAUAAAAUGAUUGAAUUAAGACCGAUCAAAGGAACCGUCAAAAGAACUCCUGAAGUGAAUUUGAAAAUGGCUAACGAAAUUUUAAAGACCCCGAAAGAAAUGGGCGAGAACCUAAUGAUUGUAGAUUUGAUCAGACAUGAUUUGCAUCAGUUUAUUCAGAACGUAACUGUAUCCCAAUUAAUGGCAGUCGAAGAAUACGAAACCGUGUAUCAGUUAGUCAGUGUUAUCCAAGGUGUGUUGAAAGAAAAUGAAUAUCACGGUAUAGAUAUUUUGCACCAUUCAUUACCACCAGGCUCCAUGACUGGUGCUCCAAAGAAGAGAUCCGUGGAAUUAUUACAAGCCAUCGAAACUUUGCAACGAAACGGUAAUCCUGGUGGUAGAAGAGGCAUUUACAGUGGAGUUUCAGGCUAUUGGUCGGUAACUGAUGAUUCAGAUUGGUCUGUAGUUAUUCGCUCGGUCUAUCAUUAUGUAAAUGACAAAGAGAACCAGAAAGACAAAAACAUUUGGAGAAUUGGUGCCGGUGGUGCGAUCACUGUUUUGAGUGACCUUGAAGGAGAGUGGGAAGAGAUGAAAUUGAAAUUAUCCAGUGCUUUGCAAGCCUUCAAAUAA